AUGCGACAUUCAAGAAUUUUUUCUUUUAUUGCAAAUCUCACUAAUGCACCGAAUAUCAUUAUCAUCAUCAUCAAAUUUAUCGAUUUUUCAAAUUUUAUGGAUGUAAAAACAAUAAAACAAAACCAUCGACAAAUAACUAAUAAUAAUAAUAAUAAUAAAGAUAAUAUGAAUAUUAAUUAUCGUUUCGAGACAAUCAGAUUUCAUCAUCAUCAUCAUCAUCAUAUUUUUCACAUCAUUUUCAUCAUCAUUAUUAUUUUUUAUUUUUCAUUUUCCAAUAUAUUGGUUAUGGCCACUAUACCGGAGUAUAAUCACCAUAAUCAUAUUCAUUAUUCAUCAUCAUCAUCAUCAUCAUCAUCAAAAUCUUUAUUGAAUACGACAAAUUCCAUAACAACAACAACAACAAUAACGCCAUCACAUCAUACAAUUAGUCAUCAUCGACAACAAUGUGAAAAUUCAUCCGAUUGUGAUUCAAAUCUUAUUUGCCAUAAUCAUACUUGUCUAUGUUCAUUGGGACAAAUUAAUCAUUAUGAAAUGAAUUCAAAACCAUACAGACCGAUUUUGAAAUUAUCAAGCAACAACAACAAUAAAAUGACACAACAAUCUACAGUACCUAUGUUAUCACGUCGGCCACAAUAUUUUCGUUUAGGUACAAGUUGUCAGAAAAAAUCCGAAAAAUUAGAUUGUCCAGCUGAAUAUAGUUAUUGUUUUGAACGUAAAUGUCAAUGUUGGCCAGAAUUUGAAUUCUGGGAAGAUCCAGAAUUUUCAUUAUCAAAUGCAGAAAAUAAUAGUGGUGUAUCAUCAUUACAGUUGAUAACAAAAGAAUUAUUGAAAAUUGCAUCCGAACAUGUUGAUGUGUUAGGUGAAAGUGAUUGGAAUGAUGGAAUGAAAAUCGGUAAAUGUCUUAGAAAAAUUUGUGACACCGAUGAUGAUUGUCGUAGUAAUAAUAAUGGUGCUGUUACUGGUCGAAAUUCAAAUCUUGUCUGUAAUAAUACGGUUUGCGAAUGUGCAUAUGGGUAUGCAAUACAUCGUGAUACACAUGUAUGUGUAAAGUUAUUAUUACGACGACCAAGUUGUGAUUUAACCUGUAAAAUAAUUGGCAGUCUAUUUGCAUCGAUAUUUGUAUUAACAUUAAUCUAUUGGUGUUUUUAUUGUUGUGUGGCAAUCGUAAAAAAUUUUCAUCAUCAUCAUCAUCAUCAUCAUCAACAUCACCAUAAUCAACAUAAUCGUCGUCAAACACAAAUGGAUGAAACGGAUAUAAUUUUAAAUCUAAUCAAUAGACGACAAUCAUUAUCAAAUUCGAUAGCAUCAUUUUUAACAAAAAUGGAUAAACCACCAACAUAUGAUGAAGUAAUGAGUGAUGAUGAUUGUGUUAAUACAUCACAAUCAUCAUCAUCAGCAUCAUCAUCGAUACAAAGACCACAGUAUAUUGAAAUGAAAGAAAUAUUACCAAGAUAUUGUUCAUUAUGGAAACUUGAAUCAAAUUUAAAUAAUCCAUCAUCACAACAACAACACAACAACAACAACAGAAUAAUGAAGAAUAUGAGAUUAUUAAUUGUCAAAAUCCUAAUGAUAAUGAUGAUGAUGAUGAUGAUGAUGGACAAUGAUGAUGAUCAUCAUCAUUUUUUAUAAAAUUUUUACAUUGUGUUUACAAAGUAUUUUUUUCUUCAUUUUUAUCUCUGUUGUUUCAUAACUGUUUUUACUUUUACACAUACAAAAAAAAACAUAUAAUCAGGUAUAUAAUAAAUCGAAAAAAUGUUUUGGUUUUUCAUUUUCA